AUGUUCCCAUCGAGGCGGAGGAUCUGGGCCGGCACGCCCCUGCUGGCGCUCCUCGCCCUCGUGCUCUUCGCGGGCGCCGCGACCGCGUCCGUCGGCGACCGACUGCCCGAGUUUCGAGACUGCGUCCAGGUCUGCGAGUCCGAGAACUGCCGAACAGGCCACCAGACACCGAUCCCCCUCCACCGCCGCCUCCUGCUCUGGGACUGCCCCGCCGAGUGCGACCACGCCUGCCAACACAUCGUCACCCGUCAACGCCUCGCCGCCUCCCAGCCCGUCGUGCAGUUCCACGGCAAGUGGCCCUUCCACCGCCUCCUCGGCGCCCAAGAACCCGCCUCCGUGCUCUUCUCCCUCGCCAACCUGUGGGCGCACCUCUCCGGCCUCGCCAAGCUGCGCGCCGCCGUCCCGCCCCGCUACCCGCUCCGCCCCUUCUACGUCGCCCUCGCCCGCGUCGGCCUCGUCGCCUGGACCGCGUCCGCCGUCUUCCACACGCGAGAUUUCCCGGCCACCGAGCAGCUGGACUACUUCGCCGCGGGGGCCAGCGUGCUGUACGGCGCGUACUACGCGCCGGUGCGCGUCUUCCGGCUGGACCGCCCGCGGUGGCGGGCGGUCGUGAGGGCGUGGACAGGCGUGUGCGUGCUGUUGUAUGUUGCGCACGUGGCGUACUUGAAGGGCGUGAGGUGGGAUUACGGGUAUAACAUGGCGGCCAACGUGGCGGUGGGCGCGGCGCAGAACGUGCUGUGGACGUGGUUCAGUGUGCGGAGGUACAGGCAGGAGCGCAGGUUCUGGGCGGCCUGGCCGGGGUUGGUCGUCGCGUGGGUCAUGUUCGCGAUGAGCAUGGAGCUGUUCGACUUUCCGCCGUGGCUCGGCGUGAUCGAUGCGCAUAGCUUGUGGCAUCUGUUGACGAUUGGCCCCACGAUCCUGUGGUACAAUUUCCUCGUUAUGGAUGCCACGGCCGAUAUGGCAUCGACGGAGAGGCUAAAGGCAUAG